AGGGGGCCGUUUUAGGAUUCGGCUGCGGUUGUGUGCGAGGACAGUGGUGUGGUGUUGUUCAAUCCAGCUGUGAACGGCUCGCUGUUCUCACAUCACACUUCUUUCUGUACUGAAGAACACAAAUCCUUCUGUUGUUUUCUGUUUAGUUGUUUUUGUUGUUGUUGCUCCGUUCAUGUUGUGAUAUUAAAUGGACUUUCACGCCCUUCUUCACACGUCCUGAGACCAGACAUCCGAGGAGACUGUUGUCGUCCAGUGGGACAAUGGGUUUUGGGGAAGAACUGUGGUGCCAUCAGGGUCAUGCUGCUCUGCUGCGACUGCAGGACUCUGAGCUACGGCUCAUGGAGAUGAUGAAGAAGUGGAUGACCCAGAGAGCCAAGAGCGACCGCGAGUUCUCUGUUCAGUUACAUCAGAUGGCGGCCAUGGUGGAAAAACUGGAGGGCCCUCAGGCUGGAGGAGGCUUGGACUACAUCAGCCAGCUUCAUAAGUCGUGGAAUGUGAUGGUGAGCGAGACGGAGAACCUGAGUCGGAUCCUCCGCAAGCACUCUGAAGACCUGAUGGUGGGUCCUCUAAGCAAACUCACUCUUCUAAUCAGAGACAAACAGCAACUAAAGAAGACGUACACCGAGCAGUGGAGCCUUCUCAACCAAGAGCUAUGCAGGGUCACCCAAACUGAGUUGGACCGCCUGAAGUCUAAUUACAAGCAGUUGGUGCGAGAUGCAACCCUAGCCAAGAAGAAAUAUCAGGAAGCGAGUAAAGACAAAGACCGUGAGAAAGGCAAGGAACGCUACAUCAAAGCUACACUGAAGCUUCAUGAGCACCACAAUGAGUACGUGCUGGCAGUGAAGGCGGCUCAAGUGCAUCAUCAGCAACACUUUGGCCGGAGCCAGCCAGCGCUGCUCACCGCUCUGCAGACACUGCAGGAGGAAAUGGUGCUCAUUCUAAAGGAGAUUCUGCAGGAAUAUUUUGACCUGUCCAGUCUGCUCCAGGAUGAAGUGGUGUGUGUUCAUAAUGAGAUGACCAAUGCCCUCAAAGCCAUCGAACCACACAGAGAGUAUGAAAGCUUCAUUCAGCAGAACAGGUCUAGAGCGGAAGUACCAACGUGUGUGGAGUUUGACAGCAGUCUACUGGAAGAUGCUGAGCGUUUGAAGCCCGAGGAGCUGGAACUGAAUGAGCUGACUCUGGAAGGAAUACAGCACCGGCUCACUGCUAUUGAAGAGGAGCUUCUAAGCAUAGCGGCUACUCUGGGAACACAGCAGGCCGCUGUUAACCAGCUGGAGAUAGACCUGGAGGCCGAAGAGAACUUGGACAAUGCUGGCCAGAGAGUGUACCAGUUUAGCAAGCGUAAUGCUCUGGAGGACAGCAGGCAGCAGGUGGUGAUAUCAAUGGUGGCACGUGCCCGGCUUGAGGCCCAGCGCAGGUUGCUGGCUGAUAAACUGCAAAGUCUUGGCAGCAAUGAUGCACCAACACUGGACUUGGAUGAUGAUCGGAUCUCUCUCAACUCCAGCACCACUGAGCGUGACAAAGAUUUCAAAGUCCCUAGUAUGGACAGCAUCUUUAACCACCUGAGCAGCCUGUUCAAACCCAAGUACACCGUGCCACCUGCUCUGUCUCCUGUCCCUGAAAUUGAGAAGCCUUUGAGCCAACAGUGUUGGUACCAUGGUGCCAUCCCACGAGUCGAAGUCCAGGAGCUGUUGAAGAAUGAUGGGGACUUUUUGGUCAGGCAGAGCCAGGGCAAACAGGAGUAUGUGCUGUCUGUGCACUGGGGUGGGCAGUGUCGCCAUUUCCUCAUUCAAAACACAGAGGGUGUGUAUCGUCUGGAUGGUGAGGGUUUCCACUCUAUACCACUGCUCAUGAACUACCUUCUCAACUCCAACAGAAAUGUCACCAGGAGGACGGAUAUAGUGUUGAAAAAACCCAUCCCCAAGGACAAGUGGUACUUGGAGCAUGAUGAUGUUAUCCUUGGCCAAAGCAUUGGCCGGGGGAACUUCGGUGAGGUGUUUAGCGGCCGCCUGCGUUCAGACAACACACCAGUGGCGGUGAAAGCCUGCCGUGAAAACCUUGCCAUAGAACUCAAAAAUAAAUUUCUCAUGGAAGCUCGGAUUCUAAAACAGUAUGACCAUCCGAACAUAGUGAAGCUCAUCGGUGUCUGCACACAGAAACAGCCCAUCUAUAUAAUCAUGGAGCUGGUGCAAGGAGGAGACUUCCUGUCCUUCCUCCGUUCAGAGGGACACAGCCUGAAGCCAAAAAUGCUGAUUAAGAUGGCUGAGAAUGUGGCGUCUGGCAUGGAGUACCUGGAGGGCAAGAAGUGCAUCCAUCGGGAUCUGGCAGCGAGGAACUGUCUGGUAGGAGAGAAGAGUGUAGUGAAGAUCAGUGAUUUUGGCAUGUCACGCGUGGAACAGGAGGGCGUAUAUUCAGCAACUGGCGGCAUGAAACAGAUUCCAGUCAAAUGGACUGCACCGGAGGCUCUCAACUAUGGGCGCUACACCCAUGAGAGUGACGUGUGGAGUUUUGGGGUUCUGCUUUGGGAGACGUUCUCCAGAGGAAUAACUCCAUACACCAGUAUGAGCAAUCAGCAGACCAGGGAUGAAGUAGAAAGAGGGUAUCGUAUGCCAGCUCCCAGUGGCUGUCCAGAUGAGAUCUAUACCCUAAUGCAUCGCUGCUGGCAGCAUGACCCAAGAAUGCGUCCUUCCUUCCGAAAAAUCAAGGCAGAGCUCCACACUCUUUGCAGUUAACACACACACACCUCUUAAGCUGUGCUUUUUGACACCCAUGCAAUAGUAUGUCUAUUGUCUAAAUGAACAGUGUGUUUGAUAUGACUCUCCUUGUAAUGUAUAUUUUGCUUCUGGAACUUUUUUUAAUAAUUUUUUUAUGUAUUUAAAUUGAAACCUUGCCAUAACUUAUGAUCUUGAUGUAUUCACAUGACAUUGGUUUUCCACUAAAUAAAGUCAACGUUGUGACGUAAAGAUGAAAUCUGUAAAGAUUAAAUCAGACUUCACAUGUAUCUUAUCGCAUCGCUUUUCUCAUAUAAGCUGCCUUUAUCAUGAGGUCUUUCUUACUGUACCUGUGGGAGUUCAGCAGGUGAUGUACGCAUAAUCAGGGUGGAGAAAGGAACACAGCCUUCUUUCACAAGAUCUAAAUUUUAUUCAUUUUUUUCCCCUUCAAAACAGCAGGUGAACUGGAUUGCAAACAUAACUCAUCAAUGUCAUCAUUCACAUGGAGUAAAUGGCAUUAAGCUUUCGGUGUUCUAUAAGGUAGCUCAAAGCCAACAAGCUGCAUUCUGAAGCUUGGCUUUACACACUGCUGAACAUAUUGUGAAGUUAUUUUACCACAUAUCAGAGGGGCUUCAUCAGUCUGCCAAAAUGAUCCACAUAUUUAAACGCUGUAUGAUUCCCAUGAGAGCUUGAAAUUAGUGUCAUAAUUGUUGACAAAUGUGUGUAUCAUGAUUUAUCAAUAAGAAACACAUCACAAAUGGCUUUGAACUUGGGUCUGAUAUUUUGAUAUUUAAAGAUGACACAUGAAGGAUACCCUUCAAUGAAAAUACCUCAUUAAAGUGUUAGAAUUGAAAAUAUUUUUCCAGAAAAUGUUCUUUAUGCAAUUGUUAUAAGCCAUGUUUUAAAUGUAUUAU